UAAAUACAUAUUUCAUAAAUGUUUAGUACAUUUGUAUUCUUUACAAUAACUUACGGAUAAAUACAAACAACAAAACAAAGCUACAAAGCAGCUGUUUCUACAAAGAAAACAGACUCUUGCUCACAAUUUUGAAUCCAGGUAUUGCGUAUAACGACACAAGAAUAUAAAAAUAAGUAGAUGUGAAUAGCGAUUAUAUUGUUGUGAAUAAAUUAUGAAAAUAAUUUAUAUACAAAUAUGGACCCGCAAGAAUUAGUGCCUUUGGAAUCUGGAAUCCCCCGACCGCGACCCACACGCCAGUUCAGUCAAAUAGCUUCAAGAUCAUGUUACAAAGGACCAAUCAGGUUAUGUCGCUUGCUGAUCCUGAUGAUAGUACUGCCCUGUCUCUUCAUAUUUGUACCACUGUACAUGAGAUAUCGUGUCUUUUCCGGCCAAAUGUACCCCAUGAGUAUGACCGACAUGCGCUUGAUUGACAGCAAAAUAUCUCCCACUUGGUGUCAGCGACAAGUCGUAAGAUCAAAUGCGACCUUCAAUGCUUUCGUGGUCCCAGGCCUGCCAGAGCUGACCGAUGAGCUAGUCCCGGUCUCCAUGACAAGGGAAUUGGAACUAGAGGAUGACAUGAAGGAGUACUGGGGAUUUUAUCUCCUCCAGGGAUCUACAGUGACUGUUUCAUCUUGUGUCAGGUGGCCUGGUGCAUCUCUUAUCAUGAUCAAAGGAUACAAACACCUCCAGGAAUGCGCAUACAUUGGUGACGAUUCGUCAGAGGAAUUAGAUGAAUUAAUAGAAGCUCACAAACUUGGGCUUAUUUCCAAUUCUUCGCUACUGGAGAAGAUACACCAACUCAAUAAAGAAGAUGGAAAAGCAAAUGAUCCAGGUACGAUGAAAAGGCACAAGGCAGGAAUCAAAUUCCAUGAUCCCAGCCAAAAAGCGAACGCGACGUCAUUGGACAACGUGCCUUCUGUUGACGUCACGGAUCAUGAUCCUAAGGAACUACGUGAAAUCCUCGAAAGGUUACACGCAAUACGUCAAGCCGCAAAAACGGAAUCGCUUAAAUACUAUCACCCUCCGUCCCACCUCAUGUCUCUACCAGCUCUACAUCGGCACAGAGAUACCAACGUCGACCGAGAUGAACGGCGAUUUCUAUCAUUUAAAGACAUUGAUGGUAAUAUCAGCGAGCCAGCUACAACGAAUGCUACGGUGAAACAGACAAUGCAGCCUAUAGUAUUAUCUAAUGAAAAUAUUAAAACAUAUAACAAUAAUAUAAAUAAUAUUGAAAAUAUAAGCAGUACUAUCAGUUCUAAAUCAGAAAAUAAAAAACUUGAUAAGGAUAAAGCAAUAGAAAGAAAGAUAAAUGAUGAUAUUACUAGAAGAAAUACAACGGAUCAAGAAAUGAAAAACAAUGAAGAGUCUAAUUCGAAGGAAGUCUACGAAGGUGUGCUGAAACAGUUGCAGUCGUUAGGAGACAGGGGGAAGAGAGUGCUGAUGAGGCUGCAUGAAAGAAUGGGAGUUACGGAGAACAACAAAGUAACAGAUCAGCCGAUUGCAACUGGCAGUGAUGAAGAAUUGGAUCAUUUAAGAAUGAUUCUGGUUGAAGCCAUCGAUGAAGAGAAGACGAGAUCACAACGACAACAAAAACGUCGUGACGCAAGAGAAAAUUCCAGAAACAAGAGGGAGCUGCUUCUUGGACAGAUUGACCUUCAAAAGCAAUUGAAUACGGAUGAUGAAGCGAGGGACUAUGCUGCGGAAGAGGGUCUCGAACCUGAUGGUUACGCAGAGCACCACCAUCAGAUAAAUGAAACCACCGCCUUCGAUAUGUCCAACUCCGAGUUCUGGUCAUCCUUCUCCAGCAGUGAAGAAGCGUUGCUGGAGUGUGCGGGACUCAUAUUGAAUCUGCCGCUAACUCCUCAUGCGUCAUGUCAGCCUGGAGCUCCGGAUCAAGAAACACACGUAGCUUCUAGAGCGAAUGCUUUAACAUAUAGAGUUCCAGCAAACGGUUACUAUUUCUUCGUGUUCAAUUCGGAAAAUGAAGUUCAAAGGAACUUCAUCCGAGCACGCUUUGACCUGCAGAAGACGAGAUACGACGUGGCUCGCACAACGCUCAGAGAGUGUCGCAACAGCACCGACCGUUGUGACUUAUCACUUGAUAUAUUUUCUAGCCAAAAGGUUGUUCUGGAGCUUCCUUUGCGGAACAACGAUUCGCUAUGGAACGAACAGUUUGUGAUAAUAUCAGAAUGUGAGCCUCGGACGUCUGUGUAUCUCGCUUGUGUGAUCGCUGUACCGAUACUCAUACUGGCAUUUGCAUUUCAAUGACGAGAACCUUCUGGAACAUUCCGGAAUACACUAAUUCGAAAUGGUAUUAUGAUAUUCAAUUUGCUAAUUGAUCAUGAUGGUCUUUGAACUUUUGAAUAUUUUACAAUAUUAUGAUCUUAUAGUUUUAGAUAUUUAAUGAUAUUUUUAUUAGUUUUAUAGACAAGUUACCAAACCAGAUUACUAAGUUUUCACUCAAAAUAUGCACUAAAUAAUCAUAGUUUUUAGAAAUCAAAAUAUUAAUGUGAAAACUGAAAAGUCCUAAGUACAUAGAUGGUUGUGUAGUAUAAUACAUAAGGUUGUAUUUUGUUCUAAUUAAUAUACAUAAGCUAGAUGUUAAAUUUUUCAAAGAUAUUAUGUUAUAUUAUACGAUUAUGUGUUUUUUGAAAAUUCAUACCACGUAUACAAAUAGGUCAUCAAGCUAUUUACUUAUUAUAAGGGAACGUUUUCAAAAGAUUAUACUUUAAGAAUUGUAUCAAAAUUAUAUAUUUCAUUGUAACCGUGAAGCACGAUAUUCGUCUCUCGGUUCAGCGAUAUUUAAUUACAGGGCUGAUGGGCUUGACAAAGUAACCAAGGCGAAAUCAUUUUGAAAUUAGUAUUUUUAUAUAUAUGGAUAUUAUCAUUCUUUGUUUUUUUAUAGAAUAGGAAGGCGGACGAGCAUAUGGGCCACCUGGUAAGUGACUGGUAAGUGAUCACCAACGCCCAAAGACAUUGGCAUUGUAAGAAAUGUUAACCAUCGCUUACACCACCAAUGCACCACCAACCUUGGGAACUAAGAUGUUAUGUCUUGUGCCUGUAAUUACGCUAUUCGGUUAUUACAUCGUUAAAUUGAUGAACGGACUGUGUUUUCGUUUUUCAUUUCAUCGGUUAGAAAAACACCUUUUAUAAAUUUACUUAUUCGACGAUUUACUUCGUCAUUUAUUCUUAAAUGGCCUCGGUUAACACAAUUGAUGAUUUCUCUAUGAUGAUUUGUUUUAUUAUAAGCGUAUCUUAGCCUUUAUAUUAAAUUAUGUGUUUGUAGCGUCCGUUCGUCGUGUCAGCUUAAAACUUUUUAGUUGUUUGUCUUCUAAAAAAAGACCAACAUUAUCAUCCUCGGCUGUGCUUUAGUCAGAUAGUAAAUAUUUUUAAAGUUGAUAAAAUUAAUUCAAAACAGAAGGUCGUAUGCAAUUUUGUCUUGAGUGAUUUUUAAAAUAUAUAUCAAUAAUAAUAAAAUAUAUAUGAUAAUAAUAUCGAAUUAGUUACUAGAAGUAGAUAAGACAAUAAUUAAUAAUCACAGAGUUUAAUGUAAAUAAUAUGAGCCUAAUUAAUAAGACCUUUAACAUAAUAUAAAGAGAUUUUGAUGCAAAAUAACAAAGGUGUUAAAAAGAUAUAUUUUUAAUUACAUUCAACAUAUAGAAUAUAUGUAAAUGUAUUCUGCAAACAAAAGUGGAAAUGUUUUCAGGCUUUUUGUUCUCAGUUUCCCCUGAGA